CCGACAGAUUAGUAGUGUAUAAUCAGACUUCAAUGCAAAAUGGUUGCAACUCAAUUAUUGGAUCCCAUUUUUAAAAACUACUAUUACGUCGAAGAUGACAAUUUUUCUAACAAACCCAUGGAACAUUGGGAUUCAAAGGAUGUCUGUAGUUUUUUGAAAAAUUCCAUUUUGGAAAAUAUCGAAGGUUUCGAGAAUAUUUCCAAAAUAUCUGGGAUUACUUUUAAAGUUUUAUCCGUGGAUAUGUUUCAAAAAAUGGUUAAUAAUGAACGACUGGCACAUAAAAUUUAUGAUGCUAAAGAAAGUUUUUUGAGAAAUUUGGAGAAAAAUAACAAUAACAAUAAUAACUUGUUCACACUGGAUAAAAAUUUAAAUGAUGUUACUUCCACCCAUUUUGGCUAUAAUGAUAUUUAUAAUAGCGAAAGUGAUCUAUGUAUUGAAGAAAUGUUUGAAGAAGAAUAUAAAGAAGUUCGUAACUAUGAUGCUGAUAAACUCUCUAAUAAUUAUAAUAAUGUUUUAGAUUAUGUCGAUAAUCGGCCAGUAAAACCAAGGAAACCAGGAAGACCGCGUACUCAUCCGCUGGUCAGUAAGAAGUGUGGUUUAAAGAAAGAAAAACUUUGGGAAUUCCUGAUUCAUUUAUUGCACGACCCCAAAUCAUGCCCAUCCCUUAUUUGCUGGGAAGAUUACCAUCAAGGUACCUUUAGAUUUGUCCAAAAUGAACAGGUGGCCAAAAUCUGGGGUGGAAGAAAGAAGAAUCAGAACAUGACUUACGAUAAGUUCAGCAGGGCCAUGAGGUAUUAUUACAAAAGUAAAAUACUUCUACCUGUUCGGGGUCAACGAUUAGUCUACAAAUUUGGACCACAAGCCAAAGGGUGGAAAAUGGAGUCAUCAGAAAACUAUUGAGACAGUUUUAUAUAAAGUUCAUUUUUUUUAUCUGGACUGCGGCAACGUUGCAAAUUUAGGGUUUUGGUUGGUAAAUACAGUUGUCAAGUUGGUCGCAUUGACUAAAACAAACUAAGCUAGUUAUAAAUCUAAUUGUGGUUAUGUAUAAAUUAUUGUAGGUUACAUUGUGCAGUUGUCAAGUUGAGUUGUCGAAAUUCUUAGUUAAAAAUGCAAUUAAUUUGGCUUUGGUGGUGCUUGGAUGAGUAAAAUCAUAUAAAAAAAUAGUUAAAUAUAGGUUGCUUUACGGCCCAGACGAGAAAGUAUUCCUAGCGGAUAAUAAUCUUCGCUUUGAAAAGAAUUUAUAUAAAAGAAAUUAGAAUUUUUUCUGAACGUAAAUGUUGUCCUAUGUAAUGUGUGAUGUAAUAUUUAUAAAACCACUUUUUUACUCCAAAAAUGUCCAUAAGGCGAUGUACUUUUUCUUCCAUUGUGGCAUUUAGCAUAAUUUCACCAAAAGUUUUGCCCUCAAAAGGGGUUUUACAUUCGAAUUCGUUGCUAUUAUUUUUGGCAUAAUUAUCUUUUUAUUUAUAAUUGACAAGUAAAUUAUCAAUAAUAAAUUAUUAUUAUUAUUGUCAAUUUGACAGUGUCAAAGUAUUUAAUUAAAUUCUUUAGCAGAAGUACCAUUUUUAAAUACUAAAAAUACCAAGUCAAACUGGCAUAAGCCACCAACCUAACAAAAAAAAACGAGUCCAGAUAAAGAAAAUGAACUGUAUAUAAUAAUUUACAGUUUUAGCUUUCAUAAUAAUUGAUCUUAAAAUUAUUGAGAAUCUCAAUAUAGGUAACCUAAUUUUAUAGGGUUUAAACAAAAAAACAAAAAUACAUUUCUAUUUAUAUUUAUUAUUGAUGAUAUGUCCACAUAAAAAUAAAUGAACU